AUGGUAUCCUAUAUCUCAUGCGCUUCGCCUUUUAUAGCAUAUAUCGUAAUCAGAUAUUUGAACGUAAAGUCGGUCAGUAGCUUUAGUUUUAGCUUUGGCAACGAUUUUUUUGAUUUUCAGCCUCCUCCUGAUAAGUCAUACGAUGAUAAAAAGUGCCCCUAUGAAGUUUUGGGAGUGGAUAAAAACUCGACACAUAAAGAAAUAAGAAAGGCGUUUUUAGCCUUGAGCAAAAAGUAUCAUCCAGACUUAAACACAGACGAAGACGCAUCGGAUAAAUUUAAGGAAUUGAACGAAGCGUACGAGAUCCUGAGCAACAAUGAUAAGAGAGAAGCGUACGAUAACCACGGAUUUGCAGGGUUGGACAGAAUGGAGCAGAUGGGAGGGAUGCCGGAGGAAUUUGAAAUGGACGAUCUCUUUUCAAGCUUCUUCGGAUCGGGAACCUUCCAAGGAAGAGCCGAAAGGAAAGCAGAGCCAGUGGUGUACCCACUCUCAGUGCCACUAGAUUAUUUUUAUACCGGAAAGGACCUGGAACUGACAGUGGAACUGACGAGACUAUGCAAAAACUACGAUGAAUGUGAAACCAAACGGCCAGAUUGCCAAGGGCCAGGAGUUAAGGUAGUUACACAGCAGAGAGGAUACGGAAUGUUCAUACAGCACCAAAUGAGAGAUGAAACGUGUCUGGGAAGAGGAAAGGGCUGGAAGGCAAACUGUAAAGAAUGCCCAGAUGGGCCUACACACAAAGAACAAAUUAAAGUUACGGUAACAAUAGAACCAGGAGUUAAAAAUAAACAAAAUAUCGUAAUGGAGGGAAGAGGCCAGGAGAGACCAGGAACAAAGAGAGGAGAUCUGGUGUUUAUAAUAACGGAAAAACAACACGAAUUGUACAAGAGAGAAGAAAACGACCUACACUGCAAAAUGGAAAUAUCACUGAAGGAAGCACUGACCAGCUUCAAGAGAGAAGUUGAUGUGUUCGGAGAACUGAAGUUCAUAAUAUCACACAAAGGAGUAACGCCGCACGGACACAUAUUCAGAGUGGAAGGAAAAGGAAUGCCAAUACAUAACACAACAAAACACGGAAACUUGUACGUAACAAUGAACGUACAGUUUCCUAAGAAACUCACACCAGAACAGGAAAAAUUAAUAGAACAAGCACUAGAAUAA